AUGACUAAAAUCAAGGCCUCGAAGCUAAGGGGAAAGCCCGAAACGGAGUUGCAGAAACAACUUGCGGAUCUUAAAACGGAAUUGGGAAACCUUCGGCUGUAUCGUGUCACCCGGGGAACAUCUUAUCAUGGGAAACUGAAGAAAAUUCGUGUCCUGCGGAAGUCGAUCGCCCGAGUAUACACAGUUAUGCAUCAGGCCCAAAAAGAACGACAGCGAGAGGCUUAUCGUUCUAAGAGGUAUGUCCCAAAAGACCUGCGCCCGAAGAAAACUCGUGCUAUUCGUCGGAGAUUGACGAAGAAAGAACGAUCGAUUCAUUCGGAGAGAUUUCUGCAUCGAGUUAGAGCGCAUCCAGUGCGUGUGUUCGCCGUGAAACGGUAA